AUGCAAGCAUACAUCUAUCACCCUCAGACCAAUGAAAUGACCUGGGCUGCUGAACAGGUUAAGCCUAAGCCCGGCAAGUCGCAAGUUCAAGUGAAGGUCAUUGCGGCUAGCAUUAACCCUGUGGACUAUAAGUUGCCUCACGUCCCCUUCGUAUCACGUCAAAUCAAAGGGCGUCCUGUUGGCAUAGACUUUGCUGGGAGGGUGACGAUCGGCUCUGGUCAGUUCAAGGAGGGUGACGUGGUCUUCGGCAAGGCUGUUGGAGGCUCUCUGGCUGAGUAUUCGAUCGCUAAUACUGCCGAGAUAGCCCAUGUGCCCCAAGGGGUUGACCCCAAGGUCGCUGCAUCUCUACCUGUUGCUAGUCUGGUCAGCUUACAGGCCCUUAGACGGGGUGGUGUUACUGAGGCCGGCAAGAAUGUGUUGGUCAUUGGUGCCAGUGGUGGGACCGGCUCGAGUGGUGUACAGAUUGCCAAGGCACUCGGUGCUAAGGUUUACGCUGUCUGUAGUG